AUGCUCAUAGAGGCCCAGAUUAGAGGAGAAUGCAUCGUGCUGCAGCAAAAGUGGAAAAAAUGGGACACAAGUGUUGGGCUGAUAAGUGACGGCAGACAUGGAGGUCGAGAAAACACACUCUCUCAGAACGAGCCACAAGGCUGGCGCGCUAUUGAAGACAAAAAGACAGUUUCAAAUGACGGAGAGUUGAAAUCGGACCGGGUGUACAACAUGUAUCAUGGCACACAGGUGGACAAUGCUGAAGACAUCAUAAUCAACAGCUUCAAGCCGUCCACGCGCGGACUUCUGGGAAAAGGCGUGUACGUAACCCGCAACUUUCGCAAGGCCAAGUGUUACCCGCUCCGAACCGACAAACGCGAUCAGGUAGUGUUCAAGCUCAAGGUUAACGUCGGCCGAGUGAAAAAUAUCGACUGCUGUCCAGUGCGCACGAAUUGGCACGACGAAGGCUAUGACUGCGCAUGGGUGCCUCCGCACAGCGAGCACGCGGUGCUCAGGUCGUGCGGAGAGGAGGGCUGCGUGCACGACCCCAAACGCGUUACGGUGGUCGACGUGGCGUUUUGCGUGGAUAAAGGGAAACGACGCAAGCUGCGUAACCUCAUCCAGAGCCACACGCGCAACCUCGUCCAGAGCCACGUGCGCAGCAACAAGUGUCCCGCGUGCCUCCAGAGUUUUCUGGACUUAUCGCACGAGACGCGAGACUGCUGGGCGUGCGGAGAAAUGGUUUGUCCGUUUGAAAAAGAGCAUAUGUGUAUGAAGUAGCAGCAUGUCAUGUGAAAGAUCACUUCCCUACAUCCAUUCUUGAACAGCUAGAACAUUGGUUCUGACACAUGGGCCCCCCAGUCUUGUGUUUGGGUCAAAAAAAGGUCAAGACCUGCCUUCGGUACUAAGGUGCAUGCAUCAAAUUACAUUUAAAUGUAUUUAAUAGUACAUAUUUAUUUAUACGUUUAUAUAAAGAUACACUCAUUUUCCCAUGUGAUCGAGACAUACCCUCUAAGUUACGAAGUGACCGUCUUUUUCUGAGAAUGUGGGUGGUCAGUCACUGGUGAAUACAACUCAGACAAUUGUUAUUUAUUUAUUUAUUAUUCUUAUUUUUUUUUACAUCUAACACACUCACAGCUAAAAUAGGAAGGAUGUUUGUCUGAUGUAUUUGGCACAAUAUAUUUUCUAUACAGCAGAUUAUAAUUUGCCCAUAAAUGUCAAUGCAUUUUCAUCUUACAAAGUUUCUAUUGUUAGCUGUAUAUAAUUAUAAAUGUUUACGAAUUUUUUUGAUGGGAUGACCUUCCUUUCUGCUGCAGAUUCAUUGUACAUAUUUUAUUGUUUACUUACCUAAUGGCAAUAUAACCUAUAGCCUAGAAAUAUAAUUGAAUAGAAAUGCAUUAAGAAAGCUUGGAUAAUUGUGCUUUUAUGCUUAGUAAGGCCAUGGUACAAGAGGAGACAUGGUUUGUUUGUCAGUAGCCACUGCUUUAAUGGUAAAUAAAAAAUUUUUUUGUACAAACUGAUCCAAAAUUAAAAAAUGUUAAUAUGUU